AUGCCAAUUCCCAAAAUAAUAUCAAGACAAACAGCAAAUCAUAAACAUAAUGCAAUCAACAUAAUUUCUCGCUCUCCAAAUGUCUUACCAAUAACUAUUGAUCCUGAUGAUUUUGCAUCAAGUACAAUGCGUGGAAAACAUAUUUUAGUUCUUGGUGCUACAGGAAGAUUAGGAACUCAAGUAGUGAACCAAGCGCUUGAGGCAUCAUAUCACGUUACAGCUUUGGUUCGUAAUGAUUCUAAUUUACCGUUUGCGAGACAUCAACUUCGUAAUCCUAAUCUGGUAAUAAUGGUAGGAUCGGUUUUGUCAAGGAAAGAUUUGGAUAAGGUGAUCGAAGGUCAAGAUGUGGUGAUCAAUUGCAUUGGGCCUAGACUUUUAUUUCCAUCAUCCGAUAAUAUGGAAAUUUGUUCAUGUUCACAAAAAUUGAUUAUCGAAAGUAUGAUUGAACAUAAAGUUCGUAGAUUGAUAGUUGUAACGUCUCAAAAUGUUAUUGAAACAAUCGUAAUCAACAAUUCCGAUCAUAUUGAUUGGACUAUUAUCAGGCCGGGUAAAAUGUAUAACGGUCAAUUAACUAAACAGUAUAAAUUAAAUGAUAAAAUGAAUUUCACGAAAGUUAGCAGAGCAAAUGUUGCUCAUUUCGUAAUGAAAGAGUUAAGGAAUAGCGAUUGGCUUAAGAAAACUCCUAAUAUAAAUAGUUAA